UCCGCCGCUGCGCCAGGGCCGGGGCCGGGGGCCUGUCCCCGCCGGCCAGCUCUGCACGCCGCGUCCCUGCGCCCCGCGACUGCGUCACCGGCCCCCCGCACGUAAUCACCGCUGCCUCCGCCCGCCUCGGGCCCGGGCGGACGUUUUGCCGCCCCGGCGACGUCAGCGCGUCCGGCGUUGCUUGGCUACCCCGCGGUUCCCCCUAGUCCUCUCUGCCUCUCGCUUUCCCGGGUGGAAACUCCUGGCUGCAUCUUGACGGGUCUCGGCUGCAUCAGAGCGGCAGGCAUCCCACCUGCACGUAACGGCUCUGACUCACCUGGACACGCGUGCCUCCCAACCCCGCGCCCACCAUCACAUUUCCUCUCCCUCUCCAAAUAACCCUGCCCCAGAUCUGGCGGGAGAAGAUGGAGACGCGGGGGGCACCGAGUUUGGGACGUCGCUCGGGAGAGGGUCGCCAAAUGAUAGCCGCGACUGGAGGCCGUCCCUGAAGUUUGUCCUUGUACGGAGACACGUGGAAUGGAGGGUCUUCUCAGGUGUCGCUUGAUUGCCUCAUUUGUUUACUCUUAAUUCUCAACCACUUCAGAAACCUAAUCAUUGGAGAUAGCCUUUGUCCAAGGAAUUAACUGUCAUUAGCUAUUUUGAAGGACUCCAGUCUUUGGUGAAUUCAGACUUGUCAGCUUUCAGGAAGCUACCAGCCUAGGCUCCGUAACAUAUGUCUCAGAGGAGGCGCAGAUUCCAAAUCCGUAUAGCUAGUACUGGGAUUAAGACGUGUCAAGAAGAGAGUCCAUGUCCCUGUAGGCUUGUCACAUUGUCCUGAAGAGCGGUCACUGCCUUCACCUGACUUAUUGAAUUGAUCACCAAGCAAGACCGUUGCAGAGAAUCGGGCUUGGGCUCCAGCAUACUAUAAUGAAAAACGUCUCUGUGACAUGAACCUCUACACAGCAUUUCAGAAGUCUUAAUUAAGACUUUGAAUUUUAUGCCACUUUUCACUCCUCUCUCGUCUGUUAGAAGAAAAAAAAAUGUGUGCAAGUAGGAUACUUUGGUCUGGAAACUAAAGUUCACGUAGAAUGGACCUAGAUCGGGAGAAGCAGGCUGGGCUGGGACUGAAGAUCUGUCUCUGAAAAGAACACAUUGACGCCUGGGAGUUUUAGAAAUGAGGAAACAGAAGGUUGAAUCUAGAAGAUGAUGAAAGACUGGAGUUACUGUGUGUAGCAUGAGAGCAAAUGCCAGGCCGGGAAUUAAAAAAAAAAAAAGUGAAACCUUCAGCUAACCUUUUCUUUGAAUGUCCACUUUCCUUCCCCCAGCUAAAUGAUGGCAGAGACAAGUCUGUUAGAGGCCGGGACUUCUGCGGCCUCCACAGCUGCAGCUCUGGAGAACUUACAGGUGGAGGCAAGCUGCUCCGUGUGUCUGGAGUAUCUGAAGGAACCAGUCAUUAUUGAGUGUGGACACAACUUCUGCAAGGCUUGCAUCACCCGCUGGUGGGAGGACCUGGAGAGGGACUUCCCUUGUCCCGUGUGUCGGAAAACCUCUCGCUACCGCAGCCUCCGGCCCAACCGGCAGCUCGGAAGCAUGGUGGAAAUCGCCAAGCAGCUCCAGGCAGUCAAGCGGAAGAUCCGGGACGAAAGCCUCUGCCCCCAGCACCAUGAGGCCCUCAGCCUUUUCUGCUACGAGGACCAGGAGGCUGUAUGUUUGAUAUGUGCAAUCUCUCACACGCACCGGGCCCACACCGUUGUGCCGCUGGACGACGCCACCCAGGAGUAUAAGGAAAAGCUGCAGAAGUGCCUGGAGCCAUUGGAGCAGAAGCUGCAGGAAAUUACCCGUUGCAAAUCCUCAGAGGAGAAGAAGCCAGCCCAGCUCAAGAGACUAGUGGAGAGUCGCCGGCAGCAGAUCCUGCGGGAAUUUGAAGAGCUUCACAGGCGGCUAGAUGAGGAGCAGCAGGUGUUGUUCUCACGGCUGGAGGAGGAGGAACAGGACAUCCUACAGCGACUGCGAGAAAACGCAGCUCACCUGGGGGACAGGCGCCGGGACCUCGCCCACCUAGCUGCAGAGGUGGAGGGCAAGUGCUUACAGUCGGGCUUCGAGAUGCUUAAGGAUGUCAAAAGUACCCUGGAAAAAUGUGAGAAGGUGAAGACCAUGGAGGUGACAUCAGUAUCUAUAGAGCUGGAAAAGAACUUCAGCAAUUUUCCCCGACAGUAUUUUGCCCUAAGGAAAAUCCUUAAACAACUAAUAGCGGAUGUAACCCUGGACCCCGAGACUGCUCAUCCUAACCUAGUCCUCUCUGAAGAUCGUAAGAGUGUCAAGUUCGUGGAGACAAGACUCCGGGACCUCCCAGAUACGCCACGGCGCUUCACCUUCUACCCCUGUGUCCUGGCUACUGAAGGCUUCACCUCAGGUCGACAUUACUGGGAGGUGGAGGUGGGCGACAAGACCCACUGGGCAGUGGGCGUGUGCCGGGACUCCGUGAGCCGGAAGGGCGAGCUGACUCCACUCCCUGAGACUGGCUACUGGCGGGUACGGCUGUGGAAUGGGGACAAAUAUGCAGCCACCACCACCCCAUUCACCCCGUUGCAUAUCAAAGUGAAACCCAAGCGGGUGGGCAUAUUCCUAGACUAUGAGGCUGGCACGCUGUCUUUUUAUAACGUCACAGACCGCUCUCAUAUCUACACCUUCACCGACACUUUCACAGAGAAACUCUGGCCACUCUUCUACCCAGGUAUCCGGGCCGGUCGGAAGAAUGCUGCACCACUCACCAUCAGGCCUCCAACGGAUUGGGAGUGACCGGGUGGGACGUGGGAAAAAUCGGGAUAAGGCAGGGUCCAGAAUACAGGCCUUCCCAUGGCCUGCAGGAGUGGCUUCAUGUCAGCCCGGUUGUUAGUCGGGAAUCAUCUCAGAGAAACUCUGGUUUCCUUGAUGGUUUGUGGGCAGGAGUGGAUAUGAAUGGGCUGCAGUGAGCGUCCCUCCUAACCGUUAAGAUGGGGAGCUGGUUCCCAGGGGCUCAUCCCCCCCGGAGUCUACGAGGUUUUCUGUUGCACAGGAAUAGUUUGGCAAGGAAGGAGGGUCUUUUACUUUAAAAAAAAAAAAAAAAAAGUCCAGGGGAGGCGCUAACUUAAACUGGAGAAAGAAGCCAAAACACCACAAUAUCCUCCAGGGGGUGCUUCAACCCAGGAUAGUUUUGUUUCUAAGGAAGGUGACAGGUCUGUGCACCUCUAGAUUGAAGGAAAGAUGAGUGACAGCUGCUGUCACACAUCUGAAAAUUGAGUUGUUUCAAGGGCGAAGAAGAGUAAAAUGAAGGUCAGGACAGAAGACGUGAAAAGUCCUAGAGACAAAUGAAAGGGUAGAGGAUUUCUUCACCUUUUGAUCCCAGGAUGGGUUUGUGAUUAUGAAGAGGAAUGACCAAAAAACUAGAAAUGUAGGGAAAAAGGGCAGAUGAAAAGACAGGAGGCCCCAGAUCCCCACCUCACCUGCCAGCAGAGCAGGCUGCUUGCUGGCUCCCUCAUGGUGGGGCGGCUUGGCUGCAAGAAGUCACUCCCCCUGCUGCUCCCCAGAAGCAGGUUGGAAGAGAACCAGUGAGACACAUCUACCAUUUCCCAGUUUUCCCCAAGGGGACAGGGCAAGGAGCAAGUCAGGCAUCAGAGAAAGGGGAUCAAAAAUGGCAGCAGGCAGUGUGCAAGCCGAAGGGGAAGAAAGGUAGCGGAGUCUCUCACCCUGAGGACAGGGUAGAGGAGGGUGGUGUGUGUGCAUGUGUGUGUGUGUAUAAAAGAAAGGGCCAGAAAAGUGUCCUCCUUCAGCCUUUGUGCAUCUGGCCUGGUGUUGCUGUUCAUGCGAGGCAGGCUUUGGCUUGUUUGUCACCAUCAUCUCUCACCAUUCCCCUCUUCAGAGAAUAUUAAGUCAUGUUUAAUGUUAGGCCAAACUAAACAACCAGUAGGGUGCAUAAAAAAAGGGUCAGCACUGCAUGCCAAGCCAAACUCCAGCAUCUCGGGUGACCUGCUGCUUGUGUGUUGAUCUCCAAAGAAGACCAGGACAAGCAACUGCAGCUCUCCAAGGGCGUUUGUUCUUCCUACCACCUCAGCAGGACCACGUCCGCACUCCUCCUCUUACCUUUGUGCCUUGACUGUGGUUCUUUGUGGCAAGAUACUUGGGUUGGUUUAAAAAAAAAUUAUAUGGAACAAAGGAUCCACUGAAGCGA